AUGGCAGAAGAAACAACCUCUCUUGAGUGGGGGGAUAUUCUAGUUUUAGUGGGAUAUUUUGUAGCUGUCAUCGGUGUUGGAAUAGCGAUAAUAUAUAUAAUUAUUUUAUCUUUGCAGUCGUCAUGUCGCAACAGAGGAAGUGUCAGCGGUUACUUCUUGGCAGGAAGAACCAUGAACUGGAUUCCGGUCGGAGCUUCACUUUUCGCUAGUAAUAUCGGAAGUGGCCAUUUUGUUGGUCUGGCUGGGUCCGGAGCAGCUUCCGGUAUCGGAAUAGCUGUAUUUGAGCUAAACGCUAUCUUUAUCCUGAUGAUGCUGGGUUGGUUGUUUGUUCCUGUGUACAUUGCUUCUGGUGUAUUUACCAUGCCAGAGUACUUACAGAAGAGAUUUGGCGGUCAGAGGAUCAGAAUAUAUCUGUCUGUUCUCGCUCUUAUCCUCUACGUGUUCACGAAAAUUUCCGCUGAUCUGUUCUCUGGAGCGCUCUUCAUCACUCAAACCUUCAAGGGAUUCAAUCUGUACCUCGCCGUUAUCAUAUUACUAGCCAUAGCAGCUCUGUUCACCAUAACAGGUGGCUUGACUGCUGUAAUUUGGACUGAUUUCGCACAAGUGGUCAUCAUGGUGAUUGGAGCAUUCAUUCUUAUGAUCAUGAGUUUCAUCGAAGUAGGUGGAUACGAACAAGUGGUUAAAAAGUAUUUUGAUGCGUGGCCAAAUACGACUCGUUUGCAUUACGCCAACAUUCACAGCAACUAUAGCUAUGCCAAAUGUGGAAUCCCACCAGGAAAUGCCAUGCAUCUGAUGAGAGCAGCGGAUGAUGGUGGUCUGCCAUGGCCAGGAAUCAUAUUUGGUCUCACCAUCUCCUCUGUAUGGUAUUGGUGUUCAGAUCAGGUUAUUGUACAGAGGGCUCUAGCCGCUAAGAACUUAUCACACGCCAAAGCUGGAACCAUUCUUGCCGGAUAUUUGAAAUUUUUACCUCUUUGGCUUCUCGUAUUCCCAGGAAUGAUUGCCAGGAUUUUGUUUCCAAAUGAGGUGGGCUGCGCCGAUCCUGAUGUUUGUAUGAAAGUAUGUGGCAGUCGAGCGGGUUGCACAAAUAUUGCUUUCCCUAAACUCGUUCUCAAAAUUAUGCCUGUCGGUCUCAGGGGUUUGAUGUUGGCUGUGAUGAUGUCUGCUCUCAUUUCUUCGUUGACUUCCAUAUUUAACAGCAGCAGUACCAUUUUCACUAUGGACAUCUGGCGGCGGAUAAGGAAGAAUGCCGGCGACGUAGAGCUGAUGAUAGUGGGACGGGUGUGUGUUGUGAUUUUGGUUGUGAUAUCUGUAGUGUGGAUACCUAUUGUUCAGAAUGUCUCUGAGCUGUUCCACUACAUCCAGGCUAUCACCAGCUUCCUGGCUCCACCUGUUUGUGCUGUAUAUGUUCUAGCGGUCUUCUGGAAACGAACCAAUGAGAAGGGGGCGUUUUUCGGACUGAUGGUUGGUCUCUUGACUGGAAUGAUACGUUUUAUAUGGGAAUAUACAUACAGUGUACCUCCGUGUGGCGAGGAAGCAGAUGAUACUCGACCAGCUAUAAUUUCCAAAGUCCACUAUCUUCACUUUGGAAUCCUUCUCUUCGGGAUCGUCUUUAUCUGCACUAUCAUCAUGAGUCUUUUGACAAAACCCAUCGAAGAUAAGCAUUUACAUCGACUGACGUUCUGGAAUAGGUUCAGUACGGCUGAAAGAGUCGAUAUUGAUGAAGAGGAGACCCAAGCCGAGCAAGAAUCAAAUUCAAAAACGCUCAAUAUAGAGGACGUCCAACCUGAGGUAGACAUACCUUGCUACAAGAGAGCAUUCCAGUGGAUAUGCGGCAUUGAGAAGAUGGUAAACCAGCCGAAAAUGACGGACGAAGAACGACAAGCCAUCGCCAAGAAACACGAAUCAAUUGUUGAAAAAGGCACAUGGAAAACUGUUCUCAAUAUCAACGCCGUUCUGUUGAUGACAAUUGCGGUUUUCAUUUGGGGAUUUUAUGCAUAAUUACAUGCUGAUAGAGUUGUCAAGAAACCUUUACAAGCAUAAUC